CAAGCGUUCUUUUCGAUCGAGAGUUUGCAUCUUUGUCGUGACUGUGUUUUGGGCAUUAAAGAAAGAAUACACAGACUCAAACAUGGCUGAUGACGGCUCUGGCAUGACCGAAGAAGCGCAGAAGCUAGUAAACAUCGGCGUUGGACUUCGAGUGGCGAAGCGAGUUGGUGAGAUCUUCAGUAGUGGCGCGCUACUUCCCGAAGAGCUAGAUGAUAGAGCACUCGAGGCAUUGAAGGAGUUUAACGAGGAAGGAGCCUUGGAAGUCUUGAAUCAGUUCGCUAGCAGCGAUCUAUCGCAUGUACAGAACAAAAGUGCAUUUCUGUGCGGAAUUAUGAAAACAUAUCGUGAAAAAAAUCGGAUGAAACGCGAAGGACAAGACCCAAUGGCUGGCAUGAAAGGACCGGAUGAGACAAAGAUAAAGGCCUUACUCGAAAGAACCGGCUACUCAUUGGAUAUCACUACAGGACAGAGAAAAUAUGGUGGCCCACCGCCUGGCUGGGAAGGAUCACCUCCUGGUACUGGAUCGGAGAAAGUCUGUUCGCAAGUGUUCGUUGGUAAGAUUCCACGUGACUGUUUUGAAGAUGAACUUAUCCCAGUUUUAGAGGACUGUGGUCGAAUCUAUGAUUUUAGACUCAUGAUAGAUCCUAUAAGUGGACUCACCAAAGGAUUUGGGUUUUGUACCUUCACUGAUAAGGCAGAGGCACAACAAGCUGUGAAGAAACUAGAUAACAAAGAAAUUCGACCAGGAAAGAAGCUUGGUGUAUGUAUAUCAGUCGCUAAUAACCGCCUCUUUGUUGGCUCAAUUCCAAAAACAAAAAGCAAGCAAGAAAUCUUUGAUGAAUUCAACAAAGUCAUCAACGGUCUCCAUGAUGUCAUUGUAUACAUGUCAUCUGACCAGAAAGGAAAGAAUCGUGGCUUUGCUUUCUUGGAGUUUGAAACUCACCAGGCUGCUGCUCUUGCCCGCCGCAAGCUGUCGUCAGGACGGAUUAAGGUUUGGGGAAAUGUUGUUGUUACUGUAGACUGGGCUGAUCCUCAAGAUGAACCAGAUGAAGAAGCAAUGUCAAAGGUCAAGGUUGUAUACGUACGAAACUUAAGUCCAACAAUUACAGAAGAAAAGCUCAAAGAGUUAUUCCAGCCAUAUGGUACAGUAGAUCGCACUAAAAAGAUCAAAGAUUACGCUUUUGUGCACUUCACAGAACGAGAACAUGCACUUAAAGCAAUUGAAGAAAUGAACAGUAAAGAACUUGAUGGCAUCAGCAUUGAAGUAUCUCUAGCUAAACCACGUGAUAACUCUCAACAACGUGACAGACGGCAAGGUCAAUCAGGCUAUGGCUCCUUGAAUCAGUUCCGUGGUGGUGGAGGAGGAGGAAGAGGGCGAGGUGGACGAGGUCGUGGUGGUGAUCGUGGACGGGGUGGUUAUGAUCGAGGUGGUUAUGAUUAUGGUGGUCAUGAUAGUUAUUAUGAGGAGGGUUAUGGUGGGGGUUAUGGUGGUGGUGGUGAUUAUGGUUAUGGUGGUGGAAGUGGUGAUUAUUAUGAUAGUUACUAUGGUGGUGGUGGUGGCAGUGGAGGUGGUGGAUAUGAUAGCUAUUACUCUGGUGGUAGCAGUGGUGGAGGAGGAAGAGGCGGCUUUCAGCGUGGAAGAGGUGGCCCAAGAGGGGCUCCAAGAGGUGGUCGUGGUGGCCGAGGUGGUGGUGGUGGUGGAGGAGGAGGCUAUGGUGAUGGCUACAGUAGAGGGCGUGGCCGUGGAGGUAGAGGCGGUGGCGACUUUGGAGACAGAGGAAGGGGAGGUCUUCCACCUUCAAAGAGGAAGUAUGGUGCAGACAACCCUAGUGGCGUUGUUGGCUACCCAGAGCCAAAGAAAAGAUACAAUCCUGAUGAGCAAUAUUGGGGGUCUCAACCUAUCCCACAAGCACCACAGUACAACUCAGGAUAUGGGGACUCUGGACAGGAAUGGUAUCAAGAUAGCUAUGGUCAGCAGUGGAACUAAUUUGGCUCUGAUUUGUUAUCAGAUUGGCUGCUAAUUUUCAGAUUUCAUUUGGCAUUGGUGAUAUUUAUUGACUAAGACCAUGGAUUCUAUGUUAAUUGAUUUUGGCAUUGAUUUGGAAUAUCUGGAAUUGGUAGUCAACUUUGGCCUUUUAAUUUGAACAUCUCUAAGAACUUUUACAGUUUUGUUUGAACAUUGAAAGUCUUUUUUUAUCUUACAAGAUUACUCUCCUUUAUUUUAACGUGUCAGUUCAUAGAAGUAUUUUAUAUCUGUAACGAAGUAGCUUCAAUGACAUAUAUUAUCUGAUAUUGUAUACAGCAUAUCAUCUUACCCAGCAUAUUCAAUAAGCAAACAUUUGUGACUGGUUGAAGUACUCUUGAUAAGUUGUCAAGAUGUUGUCCAUAGUAAGAGGACAGACAACAAAAAAGCACAAAAACCUCAAGACAUAGUAUUAGUGUAAAAUAAAGAAAAACAAACUCAAAAGAUCUCUUGAAAAAUUUGUUUUGCCCUUGGAAUUCCACCCAUUCACAAUCAAGAAAUUCAACUCCAAAAUUUAUCAACUCACAAAAUUAUCAUGAAAUGAAAUUUAAUUAAAAUCAACCAAAAUAUUAUCAACAAGGAAUCUUCCAUUCAGGUAAGUAGAAAUCCAUGAUCUACUUCAUACAACCACUAGGGAGGACCACAUGACUGCAGAAAGCUUGCUGAAGAAACUGAAUUUUAGUACCGUGAAAAUUUGAGGACAUCUUGAAUUAACUUUGACUGUCAUUCAGAGUAUGCUCUUUCUUUCCUUAUAAUUGAUUGAACAUUUUACAAGGACUAACUUCCAGGCAUCAUUGUAAUGCAUACAUUUUAAAAUAAACUUGUCAAUAUGAGCAAGUAAGACUAUGAACUUGAAUGUAAAGAAAAAGCCUAUUCAUUAAGAAGUGUUUAGAUUGCUAAUGCUUUCCCAACUGAGUUUGUAUGAAGUAUUUCUGGUUGUCAAGGUAAGUUAUACAUGGUGUGAAUGGGUUAUUUAUUUGCUAGAAAAUAUGUAUAACAAAAAUCAGAAAAUUACUCAAGGCCACUGAAGUCCCUUUUUACAUCUACUGUUAUGACAACAAUCAAUAUCUUGUCAUUGUACAAUAAGUGUGUGGCUUACUAUGAAAGUUUAUCAUGUUAUGAAGAGAGUGUCUAACUGUACGACAAAAGGAAAUCCUGAUAAUUACUGCAACUCCUCAACAAUCAGAACGUCAUUUUAAGCGAAUUGUAUAACCUGCUUUGAGGGAAUGAUAUUGAAAAAAUGAAAUGUAUAAAAUCAGUUCUAAAUGAAAUAAAAUUGUUGACACACUGGAAUAAAAUGGUUUUAAAUUUGAAAGGCACAGCCCCUUCGGAGGAUAAUAGGAAGACGAUGUGUAUGAAUACGUGGAAUAAAAUUGUUGAGAUUAGUGUAUAUCAGUUAAAUGUUUGUUGUAUUUUACAGUGUGUUGAUGUCGCCAACCUGCCUUCUAGAUUGGCAGUGAAAAAGAUAGCUUCUUUACCAUGGCAAUGGAUGCACUGCAAGUACUCAUCAAUGAAAUCUUGUGAUUAAAAGUUUGGUUUCUCAAUGAAAUUUAGUGAAAUUUCAAUGAGAAUUGGAUUUUUGUCUCAAGCAUUUAUUCAUCAGGGUUCACAUGGUAAUAUAUGACAUCAUAUUAUUCAGUAUUUAUGUAUUAUGUUUCAGGGAAAAUAAUAAAAAACAUUCAAAAAUA